GGGUUCGUGGCCGUCAACGCGAGCAGUUCCUCUCCCACGCUGCCACGGAGAGGAGGUGGCGGAGACUCGCUGCUGCUUCGGACUGGCUUAGGGGGGCGUCGCUGCACUCGUGUCUGCUCCUGCUCCUCCUCCUUCUCCUCGCUGCCACUGCCUCAGCCGCCGCCGCCACACACCGCGCGGCGCAGCGACCACAGCCAUUCUGAGAGAGCGCGCGUGUGGGGAAGCAUGCGUCCGCUGCGCGCCUCUCGGCCGGAUCCACGUGGAGCCGCACUUACCAGGUGUGGUGGAUUGGAGGGUAUUUUGGUGCGGGUUCUGUCACCUGCGCGGAGCCUCGUGAGACGGCGACGUGUGGCCUGAGCGCGAGAGAAGUGGCUGUAGUGUUGCAGUGGCGCGCGUGUGGAAAAAAGGAGACUUGUCUGUAAGAGUGUGGUGAUGCGACAGGUGAUGAACGUGUUCGGGCAGUGUGUUGCGUUGUGAUGACUUAUUUGUAGCAGUGUGGAAGGAUAAAAGCUGUACAUACAGAAAUAUUACAUACUGUACUGUGAAUUCACAACCGAAUUACAGGUCUCAAAGAAUGGUGAGACGAUUUUAGAAAGGCUAGCAAAGAAAGAUAUUACCGAUAAGCAGAUUCUGUGAUACGGCUUCGAAGUCACGACCAACCCUCAGGCAAGAUGAAUGUGAAGAUCCAAGUGGCGAUCUUGGUGACGGUGGGCGUCGUCCUCAUCGUCGGGAGCCUGUGCUUUCAGGCCAAGUUCCAGAGCGUGUUCAACAACAUCCUCGCCAACAAGCUGAUGCUUAAGCCGGGCUCCAAGACGCUCGAGUCCUUCAAGUCGCCGCCCGUGCCGAUAUUCAUGCAGUUCUACCUCUUCAACCUGACCAACAAGGAAGAGGUGCUCGAGGGCGCCAAGCCGGUGCUGCAACAAGUGGGUCCCUACACGUACGCGGAGAAGCAGCUCAAGUACGACCUGAAGUUCGACGACGAGAAGGGCACGGUCACGUACCUGCAGAACAAGACCUUCAUCUUCCGCGAGGACCUGUCGGAGGGCCUCUCGGAGAGCGACCGCAUCACCACCAUCAACGCCGUCAUGAUGAGCCUGGGCUCGCGCUUCUCCCAGUUCUCGGGCGGCGUACAGGCGCUGGUGGAGAUGUGGUUCAUGCGCUUCGGCGUCGAGCCCUUCGUGACCAAGCCCGUGGGCGAGCUGCUCUUCCACGGCUACCGCGAGCCCAUGCUGUCCAGCAUCGGGGCCCUGACGAAGGACCCCGUGCAGAUGACGGGCAGGUUCGGCUUCUUCUACCCGAAGAACAACACCAACGACGGCAACUACACGGUGUACACGGGCGUCAACGGGAUGGAGGAUUACCAGAACAUCGUGAGCUGGAGAGGCGAGGGCGACGUCAAGUUCUGGAAGAAGGACCUGUGGGGGGGCAACACGUGCAACAUGAUCAACGGCACGAGCGGCAACCAGUUCCCGCAGCCCGUGCUGAAGAAGAGGCCGCUGCGCCUCUACACGGCCGAGCUCUGCCGCUCCAUCUUCGCCGAGUUCCAGCGCGAGGUGAGCCACGGCCCCGUCACCCUCUACAGGUACGUGCUGCCCGACCGCCUGCUGGCCAACACGCCCGAGAACAAGUGCUACUGCACCGACGACUUCACGUGCAGGGCGUCCAUGAUCAACGUGUCCCCGUGCCGCAAGGGCGCGCCCGUGGUCAUGUCCACGCCCCACUUCUACCAGGGCGACCCCGAGGACGCGCAGCAGGUGGAGGGCCUCCGCCCCCGCGCCGAGGAGCACGAGACCUACCUGGACGUGGAGCCGACCACGGGCGUGACCAUGCGGGCGGCCAAGCGCAUCCAGGUGAACAUGCCCCUCAGGCGCUACAGCAACCUCCCCUCUUUCAGGAACGUGUCUGACGUCAUCUUCCCCAUCCUGUGGGUGAACGAGAGUGCCGUGGUGCCUCUCGAGCGCACGGAGGCCCUCCACCGCACCCUCACCCUGCCCUUCACCCUCGUCACGGUAGGAACCUGGGUGCUGGUAGGCCUAGGCAUCCUGCUGCUCGUGGUGGCGGCGGUGAAGGUCGGGCUGGCGCUCAGGGGCAAGGGCGCGGGCGAGAAGGGCGCCGCCCUCAGAAACAGACGCGGGAGGGAGGGGGACAAGGAGAACGGUGUCAGUGAGAAAUUGAACACGGCGAAUUACAGCUAGAAAGAGAGAAUGAAAGAAAUAUAUGUAUAUAGAGUGUGUUAGUAGUCAACCAGUGUGUGCGAUAGUGGUGCCGAACCUCACAAACCCAACCACACUGUAGCGAAAAGUAAAGUGCCAUCGGCUGUGGUUAUGGUGUCCGGUCCCGGUGAUAUAGUGACAGCUCUCUCGUGGUAUGUCAGAAGUGUGAUGAAGUAUGUGUUAUCGUCAGGCUCAUAGACGCUGCACAGUUAUCCCAGGGGCGCAGUGAGAGUCUGAAUCCAUAGUGUAUAUAUAAGAAAAGCAGAUAUGUGUCGAUUUUAUAGUGAGAGAACAGUGCGUUUCAAAGUGUGCGUGAUGAACCGUUUUCUCGAGUUCAUGGAGGGCCAGUAAGUAGAUUAGAAAAUCCGUCAGACGCUAUAAAAUGCUCAGAGCCAAAGUGAAAUGCGUUUUAUUAUUUAUUUCUGUGAAAUGAUGGACCUUGUACUCCCCCCUUUCACCCAGGGGGCCUCUGCUUAUCGAGAUUCUGAUAAGAUGUUUCUUGUCUCUUGUACAGUCUGUAUCUGAUUGUCAAUAAAAUUCGAUAAAAAAGAUAAAACUGCU